UUGGAAAAGCUAAAUAUCUAAAAUCAAAUUUCCUUAGAUAUAUUAAAAGCUCAUUGGAAAAUAGUUAGCAACCUUGUAUGAUUCUCCAUAUACCAAAGACCUCUAGUAGUUGUUAUUGUUCUGUAUCAUGGAAGUCAUUGAAGAAAAAGGGUCAGUGGAAGAUUACACUCAAGAUGGCACAGUAGACCUACAAGGUAGACCUGUUUUAAGAUCAAAGACUGGAAGAUGGAAAGCUUGUUCCUUCCUUGUAGGGUAUGAAUUGUUUGAGAGGAUGGCUUACUAUGGAAUAUCAACAAAUUUAGUGGUGUAUCUAACAAAGAAGCUACAUCAGGGUACUGUAGAAUCUUCAAACAAUAUUAGCAAUUGGGGAGGAUCAGUGUGGCUUAUGCCACUUGCAGGAGCUUAUGUAGCUGAUGCCUAUCUUGGCCGAUAUUGGACCUUUAUAAUUGCAUCAUGCAUUUAUCUCAUGGGAAUGUGUUUGUUGACUCUAUCGGUUUCACUACCAUCACUGAGGCCGCCAGAAUGUGAUGCAGGUGUUGCAUUCGAAAACUGUCCCAAGGCAUCGCCGUUGCAAAAGGGUAUUUUCUUCCUUGCCUUGUACAUCAUUGUUUUAGGCACAGCUGGAACCAAACCCAACAUUGCUACUAUGGGAGCAGAUCAAUUUGAUGACUUUGAUCCCAAAGAAAAAUCUCAUAAGUUAUCCUUCUUCAAUUGGUGGUAUUUUAGCAUUUUGAUUGGUGUCCUUUUCUCUACUACUUUCUUGGUUUACAUACAAGACAAUAUAGGUUGGACCCUUGGAUAUGGCAUUCCAACCAUUGGGCUCGCAUUUUCAAUUUUGGUGUUUCUAAUUGGAACACCAUAUUAUAGACACAAAUUGCCCCUAGGGAGCCCUAUAACAAGGAUGCUUCAGGUCUUUGUGGCUGCUGUGAGAAAAUGGAAGGUUAGUGUUCCGAAAGAUGCUAAAGAGUUACAUGAGCUGAGUAUUGAAGAGUAUGCGAGUAAUGGUAGAAGCAGAAUUGCUCACACUUCUUUCAUCAGUUUUCUUGACAAAGCGGCUAUAAAGACUGGACAAAACUCGCCAUGGAUGCUUUGUACAGUCACACAAAUUGAGGAAACUAAACAAAUGACAAAACUGGUUCCGAUUUCGAUUUUCACAAUUAUUCCAAGCACUUUGGGAAUGCACCUUUUCACACUCUUCAUUAGACAAGGCAUGACACUGGACAAGAGAAUGGGACCUCAUUUUAAUAUAUCUCCAGGAAAUCUCGUGUCAAUUACAAUUAUUUUCACGUUGAUAUGCAUUGCAGUUUAUGAUUGUAUUUUUGUGCCUUUUGUUCGACGCUACACUAAAAACCCUAGAGGAAUCACAAUACUGCAAAGAAUAGGAAUUGGCCUUGUGUUAAACAUCAUUAUAUUAGUCAUUGCAAGCUUGGUUGAGAGAAAGAGACUCAUUGUUGCAAGAGAAAACAACCGCUUAGGCAUGAAUGAUACAAUCCCACUUACUAUUUUCAUCCUCCUCCCUCAGUUUGCUUUGUCGGGGGUUGCUGAUAACUUUGUCGAAGUUGCCAAGCUGGAGUUUUUCUACGAUCAAGCACCGGAAACCAUGAAGAGCCUUGGAACAGCAUGUUCCACAGCCUCCUAUGGUCUAGGAGGUUUUCUUAGUACCUUCGUCAUAUCCGCCGUUGCUGAUAUCACCCAAAGAAAUGGUCGCAAAGGUUGGAUUUUGGAUAAUGUAAAUGUAUCCCGUUUAGAUUAUUAUUAUGCAUUCAUUGCAAUAAUAAGUCUAUUCAACUUCAUUUGCUUUGGGAUUGUUGCCAAGUUCUUUGUCUAUAAUGAUGUUGAACACAACAAAUCAGGCUUGGAGAUGAACACUACUUCAUCUCAGGACAAAGCUCAUAGACCAAAGUAAUUCACAACCAGAUGCCAACUUUUAGGGAAACUGGUUAUUUCUCUAUAUUUAAAAAAAAAAAUCAAGUGGGUGAAGAUAAGGUAGGUUCACAAUUUAUCUUUAUAAGUGGAAGAUUCAUUCACUUUAGAGCUUUUAAUGUUGGCACACUUGCAAGUAUAUUAAUGGAAAUAAUGAAUAUGAUUAUUUAUGAUCUUAA